AUGGGCUCACCAGCACCGCAAGAUUACCAGUACCCGGUCACAAACUUCCCUCCCGCCGCCGAACGCACGGCAGAAAUGCCAAUGCUUUGGGACGAGGACCAUCUCAAGUUGAUCAACACCUGUACCAGGAGUGAAUCACUUUAUGAGCUGUACUUGCAGCUCCCCAGACUUGCAAAUGACCUUGAGAAUAACCAGACUCUCAAGGACAACAAGUUUUCGGUAGUAGAUACUGUCAAUGCUCUACGUAAUUGCGACUGGUCUAUGUGCGAAUUGCUACACAGCAUGCCGCCCAAAGUCAUUACGAGCAUUGUCAAGAAUACUAUUGCCUAUGAUAAUGAACAGAGAGAUCUUGCUGGUUUUGAGAUACCCAAUCACAAAAACGCGGAAGAGAUCCCUGGUGUCUAUGUCAUCGGCAUAAGCAUGUCGAAAGAGAAUGGCUGCUUCCUUAACAGGAAAGAGAUGGAUCUCCUGAUUGAACACAUUGAGGGGUAUAUCGAAGGAUAUCACGCCUAUGUGAAGUACCAGGAGAACCUUUCUGAGAAGGGCCUUGCAUUCGCAAAGACCUGUUUAUCAGUUAAAGAGAGAAGGGCUCAUACCCAUAUGAAGAGCAUAGAUGAUAAAGGUGGAGACAAGACAGCGGCACCUAUUUUUAUCACCAAAGAUGAAGAGGUGCCCAGAAUCCAGGCUCUUGUCAAAACCCUCAAGGCAAUGUGUGAUCCGAGCCUUGAUCCCACAGGCAGGGUCCGGAUGAUACAAAGCCCUCUAUACGUGGGAUGCUCUAAGAACCUGGCCGAACGUAUCAAGAUAUACAGCCGGCAUAGCCUGAAGCGUAUCAACAAACCUCUUGGUAUCACGCUUGCAUCCCUUAGAAAGCUCGGUUAUGCGUACAAGCUACACAUUGUUUGUGUGAUUCGUACGUGGAAGAGCGACCAGCUUCCUCUGGCCGAGCAGCUAGUGACUACACUUGCUGGUUCCCUAGUGUACCAGCAUGGGUUCAAUGCUAUCGAGGGUGGAGGAACAGGUUUUAAUACUGUGAAAUCGAUGGAGAGUCUUAAAGAAAAUACCGUGUAUGUCAUUUACAGGAUGCAACAUCUACUCUCCAACGUGAACCAGAGUCUUUACGACAUCGAGCUUCGUACCAGGUUUCUAGACGAUCUCGCUAUUGUUGAAGGUCAAGUCGUCGAUAUUAAAGAGACGAUGGAACUUUGCGAAAAGGAAUUGAACGAUCUCCCAUCAGGUUUCCAGUGGAAUGAAACCCUUUCGGAGAUCGAGCAACUUGUCCAGGACCUGAAAAAGGACCUGAAAGACAAACAAGAAGCACUGCGGUUCUGGACCCUGAUUCAGGAAAUCCAGAACAUUGUCAUUGAGGAAACAGGCCGAGGAAUAGAGUCUCUAUAA